AUGAAUUCAUCAUUGAGAGCAUUAUCUCAACGGAAUGUUGUCAGUGAAAAAUUCAAUGUCAAGGAAAAUCUGAGUGUUUUAAUGCAAAUAUCAUUUCAGUUAACAAACGACUCGAAUUUGCUGGAAAGCAAAAAUCUAAAAAAUCCUAAUGAAACACUUCAUGAAUUCUUUCUAACACUGAUUGAUUACAUCGCCUAUUUAAAGUCCGUUGGAGGUGUUGCAGUUCACGAAUUCCUUCAAGUGACUGCAUCACUUGUUAAAUUGUUUAAGUUAUUUCAUGAAUAUGAGCAUUUUAGUUUAUGCUGGAAAUCUGGUCUAGAUUUAAACAGUCUGAUUGAACAACUUUUCAAAUUAUGGGAACGUGUACAAUGUUACAAAACUGCAAAGUCUGUAAAUAGCAUUUGCUGCGUUAAAGAAAUCAAUGAAAUUUUAAAUAAUAUUUCCCAGUUAUUUGGUUUCGUACUGUUAGGUAACUUGGAUUAUGUUCGAAGUGAUUUAUUCCGAACUAUUGGUCAAUCACUUUUAAGUGAAAUCAAUAGCAGAAAUGUAACAGUCGAUGGACAUGUUACUGAAUCGUAUCAUAUCUAUUCUACAAUGUCACAUUUAGUAUUUCUACAUCCUAUAUGCAGCCAGUUGAACCUUCAGAGAGCUUAUAAACGUCUAGAUAAUGUUUUCAGUCAAUAUCUUUUAAAAUCAUUUCAACAAGCCUUUUUAACUGCUUUGAAAUAUGUUAAACAACCAUUGAAGUCUGUUGGCAAAGAUAGUGGUGAUGACGAUGUAGAUUUAUAUCGUCUUACUGUGCAAACUUGUCUAAUUGGUUUAUCACAACUGCAGUUACGUCGUCUUCAAAAAUUUCCACCAAAUGACAUCACUGAACAUGUAAAAACACUAUGGUCUUAUGUGAUCCUCUUCAGUGGAUUGAGUAAAAAAUCUUCGAAACAGUCUAAUCCUGUAUUGAAUGAUGAAGCAAAUGGUUGUGUAUCGGCGCAUAAUUCAAUGCCUUCUUCUGACAGUGAUUCAUAUCAGUCAGUGUCACCAUUAGGUGGUGAUUCAUCAUCAUCUGACUGUGAGGGAUUUAUAAAAAGGGAUAUGAAACCAUCAGCAAUUAUUCAUAACGAUUCAUUGGAUUCAGCUUUAAUAACAACACAAAAUAUCGCCAAUUGUUUACUGCACAACAACAACAACAGCAGCAACAGCAACAACUGUCGACAUCCAGCUGUUCCUUCCUCGACAACAACAUUAUCGUUAUCACCGUCGUCACCACAGUCAGUAUCAUUUGAAAAAUUGUCUACGCCACAUCAAUUUCAAAGGAGUAGUUAUAAGAACACUUCUUCAAAAAAGUAUGCGUCGUUUAUAUCUGAAAAACGAUCAACUGUCUCUCCUUCUAAUGCGUACAAAAGUCAUUCUAAAUGCUAUCUGUUGGCUAUAUUCUGCCUUAAACAUAUGCUGGAAAUGUAUGGACCCCAGGUUAUCAUAAAUUGUUGGCCUAUACUUAUGAAUAGUGAUUGCCUGCAGACAACAGCUUCUGAAGACAAAUCCUUCAAUUGGGCUGUAUCACAUGGGAUCUCAACACCUGAUAUGCUUAACUUGUAUUUUAAAACGAAUGAUGUAAGAAUUAAACAGAUAUUACUAGAAAUACUUGUUCAUCUGCUGUCGCAUGUUAACAAACGUUUUGCUGUCGCUGAAGAUCUCACUCCUUAUUCUGCUUCAUUUAUACCAUACUCUGUUAGAUUGGCUAUGGAAUUGCGUCAUUUACAUCGUCGUCUAGUGUUAGCAUUAUCUAUUGAAAAAACAUAUGCAUUUCAGGCUUUACUACUCAAGGCAUUGGGUGCUCUUGUCCUGAUAACACCAUAUCAACGUCUCCAGCCUGGCCUUUUAACAUCAUUACUACCAAUGAUCAACCAUCUACUACAACCAGUAAAGCUGAAUAUAAGUCGGCCAGCUGAUAUCAGAUCUGGAUGCUUGUCGUUGUUAGGCAACAUACUGGGCAAGGUGAAUGGACCUUUGAUUGAGGUCUUCCAAAUUUUAUCACCUGCACUGGAUUUCCCAUACGACAAUACUGUUAGCCCAAGGAAUAACUUAAUAAAACCAACAAAUUUAUCUCCAACACAUAAUUCAAGAAGUUCCAACUCUUAUUUCAGCCACACAUUUACGCCUUGUUGGCUUGUUCAAGUUUGUCUACGUCUCAUUCAUCCUGAUAUCGAAUCCAUUGAUUGGGAUACAAAAACAACAACAGUAACAACAACAACAACUACAGCGAUUGAAAUCAACAACGCUUCAUUCAAUAAUCUUGACAAUGAUUCAAAAUCUUAUGAAACGUGUAUUUUUCAUCCAUUACAAGUUCGUAAAGAAGCUCUUGUAACACUGCAUCAAUUUAUUCCAAAUUAUGCCAAUUUUCUACAGCCAAGUUUACCGCUUAUCAUGAAGGCAUUGAUUUUCUGUAUACAGGAGAAACAAGAAAUUAAUGCAUUACGGACGUACAGUUUAAGAUUCCUUACUGCUCUGUUGCCAUAUUUAACUAGUUGUUGUUAUAACAACAAUAUUCCUUCACAUCAUUCUGAUGAUUUAACCAAGAACAAUAUUGACGAGAAGAAUCAAAGCAUGCCUAGAACAACAACAACAACAACAGAACCAAGCAUCAAUGCUAACUCACUGCUCAGUGAACAAAUGACUAAUAUACAUUUAACAAAAGCAGAUAAUAUUGAAGAUCACAGUAAUCAGAUAGGGAACAUUGUAGACUGUUCCAAAAAUAACAAUAAUAAUUAUAACUUUCAUAAUAAUAAUAAUACUAGUAAUAAUAUUACUAUUAAUUCUAAAUUACACAUAGAUGAGAUACAAGUUAUCUCAUGGUGGCAAACAUUUUUACCAUUCAUACUGAAUAUUCUUCAAGUGAGUUGA